GAUAAGAUUAGGAAUGAGGAUAUCCGAGGUAAAGUAAGAGUAGCCGAAAUUGAAGGAAAUAUGAGAGAAAAUCGGUUACGGUGGUUUGGACAUGUGCAAAAAGGCCUACUGACGCUACGGUUCGAAGAUGUAACUACGAGAGUACUUGGAUCUAACGGAGGACAUGACACAAAACCGAGCGCAAUGGCGUUCUAGGAUUCAUAUAGCCGACCCUACUUAGUGGGAAAAUGCUUUGUUGUUGUUGUAUUCAUAAUAUUGAAAAAAAGUGUUUCAGUUGAAGCAGUGACGCAGUUAGAGUCAUCCUACCAUGAAGGGAAACCUUACUAUAGGCAAGCUGUCAUCACCAUUGUCUUCUCUAUGGUGGGUAUGCAUGCUUUGGUGUUCGAGUCCUGUGAGAAAUUCACAAAAGCUAAUGUAAAGCUCGAUUCUUUUCUCUAUAACAUCGCGAUAUAUGCUUAUGGGGCUGCUGGGGAGAUCGACAAGGCUCUGAACAUGUUCAUGAGAAUGCAAGAUGAAGACCUGGAGCCAGACGUUGUAACAUAUAUUAACCUAGUAUGUUGCUAUGUAAAAAAUGGUAUGGUCGAAGGUGUGAAGCGAAUAUACAGCCGGUUGAAAUACGGAGAGAUAGAGCCAAAUCAUUCCUUGUACAAAGUUGUUAUGGAUGCCUAUACAGAUGCCAACAGGCAUGACCUUGCCAAACUGGUUAGCCAAGAGAUGAGAUAUGAGUUCUACUCAGAACAAAAGACUGGUUCCGAAACUAAAGACGAGUCCGAUUAGGCUACUUAAAAUCUUAAGGAUGUGUAAUUGUUUAAACGUAUAAACUCCCUGUGUUGUUACACUGUACAGAAACAGAUUUGUUCAUGCAUCUAAUAUCGUAUUGUAUAAAUGUACCGGAUUUGACAAAACAUGUAUUGUAUUUCCCAUCUGUGUUGUUACACCGUACAGAAACACAUUUGUUACUGCAAUUUUGUUUUCCAAUAUAGUAGGGCAAAAAGGGAACCAUUCAAAUUUCUUUUCCCCUAAACAACAAGGUGUGUACAAGUCAAAUUUCCCUUCCAAUUUUCUCAGCAGCCAAACAAAAGUUAAAGCUCCCUUAUUUUUCCUCUGUCAACUGUAUUUCCAUUUUUUUUUCCACUUGGAUGAUGGAUGGCCGUUGGAUUUUCAAAGAUUUGACUAUAAAACUCAGCCAACUGAAGCCCAUACCAAAUAAACUUCGAUACCUCCUACCUGCCACCCACAUUCCCCAUCUGGAGAAUUAUUUUAUUCUGACCGGAAUACGGGUGAUACACCACAUACUUUUAUAUAAGUAGUGAAAAUUUUUAUUUUUUAAGUUAUUAAUUUUUUAACACACAUAUUCUACAAUUUUCAUAGUAACAUGUGAUAUAUCACCUCGUAUUUUGAUCACACUAAAGAAUCUCUUCACCAUCUGACCCCAUAUUAAUCACCACAGCAUUCUGAAACCACCAUCUCCCACCAUGUGUACGGCCAUGAUCUCAUGCUCCCAUCACUAAAUUCCCCAGCCAGCUGGCAAAAAUGUACUGGCCUUGUUGCAUGAGCCUUGAUGCCCUAAACCUCAAACUCAUCCAACGGUCAGAAACAGCAAUGGCAACAAAACUUGCUCGAUCUAUAACUUGUCUCACGCGCAUAUAAGCAAAAUUUUCAUUUCUUAUUUUUCAGCUUCCAAAAUCAACAUCUCACAUUUUUUGGUUCUCUCUUCAGAAGUCAAUUAAAAGCUGAAACCGGAACAGAAUGGUGGUGUUUUGUUUUCUGGUGGAUCAGAAGAGGCAAGUGCAGGGGAGCAAGCCGGUGGCGGGAAUAUGCUCGCGGUGCGGCGGAGGAGCGAGCGUGGCGGACAUGAAGACCGCUACAAGAUUUUGUUACGUCCUGUUUUAUUGGAAAUCUUGGAGGGCCAUAAUAUGUACUUUCUGUGGAGAUGUGCUUCGUUCUUAUCGAUAAAUUAUUGGCUAAUUUGCAUGUUUCUUCUAACAAAAGGGUGAUUUGUUAAUUUGCAUGUAUAGCUAGCUAGCUAGGCCUUUAGUAGUUUAAUUUAAUGAGUAUUUGAUUUCGGUAUC